GCCGAACUGUAAAGACGUGUAUUUCUGCUAUUUUCGUUACAAUGGAGCUCCAAAGCACACGAUUUUUCGAAGAAACCAAAUCUGCAAGUGAUAUUAACCUUGCUAACGUUGUGUUCAGUGGUGAUACAGUGAACAGUGCCGGACAAUUGUAUUGCGAGUGGAUUCCUAGAUACUCUGCUACCGUGCCUCAGUUUUCGAAGCAUUGGCAGCUAUAUAGGCCCUUUCCCGAUAUUUCCAAGUGUUUGAACGUAGAAACAAUGUGUUUCUAAAUAUAAAUGGCUUAGCAUCCUCUUGAAACUGUGAUUGUAGUGUUAGUAAAGUGUAAAAAUAGUGAAGAAAUCAACCAUGAGUUUCCAUAGCGGUGAUUGGCGGGGGCGACGCGGCAUGCUCCACCAAGGUGUACCCUUGGGUCCUAUGCAUUAUUCAAUAGCAAAUUACAGCACUGAUUCAAUGAAAUCCGAUAUUACCCUCGAGGAAAACAUACUAACUAAGAUACAUUCAAUACCUGAUCCGCUGAAGAAAAACUUGGCAGAUACAGUCAUAACACCAAACAAUAACAAAGAAAAAAAGAAAACAAUGUCUCCGCAAACGAAGGAAGUCUUUUACGACCCUCAACCGCCUUCAGAAAACAUGGCACAACCACCUAACGGGCAAAGGCACGAUUUUUAUCAGCCUUUUAUGGGUAUAACAAAUUUUAUAUCCAACUUUUUUGGUGCCAUCUCUGGUGCAAUGUUUAAUAGGCGGGCUAGGUCGCCAGUAUCUCAGUACUACGAUUGUUUUGAAUGUGAUUCACAUAUGGACCAGGAGAUGUCGCCGGAAGGCUGGCAAGCGGCCAAAUCUGAUGAUCAAAAUAAAACUAUAGCUCCGGAGGUGGUUAGUACUGAAUCAAAUGACAACAUGAAUAAUUGUAAGUCUGCUGCAGCUCAUUGUGAAGACAAACUUAACAGCGUAAGGUGCCUACUCACAACUAAAACAGUCUCGUCUGCACCUAAACUUCGUCCCCGACGGCCAAGGAGAGUUUUUGUUGAACCCGGCUCAAUUGAAGACAAUUAUGAAGAUGAAUUUGUGGCAAAUAACUUGGUAAGCCUUGCUAAUGAAGAAUACAUCGAAUAUUUUCCCCUUGCAAAUGUUCACAAGCAAGAAUUCACAGAAGUAGACGCUGCCAAAAUGAAGACUGAAAUCAUAUCUGCACCAGAAAGCACUGACAUUGUUAAAGUUCUUAAAGAUGUUAACGAGAAGCCUGAAGUAAUUAAAGUGCACAAUGAUGUUAACGACAUGCCUACAGUCGUUAAUAAUGUACCAGACGUUAAUGAUAACCCCAAAGUCGUUAAAACUCAUCAAGAAAUAAAUACUAAGCCUGAGACAAAUCCAACUGUGAUAGAAAAACUUGAAUCUGAAAUUGACUCGAAGAAACAGAUUAUAUCUUCCUGUGAAGACAAAAUGGCUAAACUCAAAUCGUUGCUCCUAGAAAAACGCAAGAAACCCAUAAUUGUUAUAGACUCGAUCGCUUCUGCUCCAGAACCAGAACCGGUCAUAGGACGACCGCCAAUACCAACGAAAGUUAUACCAAUUGAGAAAACACAAGAUAAACAUUUUAAGAAUCCAAACAGACUGACAGAUAAAAGAAGAAAGUCACGUAUAAGAAAGAAUAUUCAAGACGACAUGCUGUUUGCUCAAGAAAUUGACUCCGGAGACAUAUCCAGCGUCGAUAGCUCCCCAGUAAAGUGCUGUACAAAGAAACUGACUGCAGAGAACACUCCAACGGGCUCUGUAGACAGCGAUAAGGAAUAUUUUGACGAGCUUAAGGGGCGUUUUCACUCAAACUCUACAACGGACAGUGACGACUCAUUCCAAAUCGUGUUCACAGACAGUCCGAAGCACUCAAGAGUCCGGCAACCAUCAGAUUGUGAUUCUGAAGACUCGUUCAUAGUCUUUGAGGAAUCUCCGGACAGCUGUUACACUUCCAACGAUGUGUUUGGUGACGAUGCUACAACGGAUGACAGUGAUAACGAGUGCUCAGAUUCUGAUUCGGAGAUCAGUGACUCGGGCUGUGGUACCGGUGUGUGUCAACUUUCCCAUAAGUUGUCGAGGACAAUUAGUGAUCUAACAGACGAUAGUCUUUAUGAAGAUUCCAAGUCUCAUUUGGAAAAUACAGGGUCAUCGGUUGAAAUGUCAUCGGACUGUGCAUCGGAUAACGAUGAGGUGGAUUGUGCGGUGAGGACUUUUGACGAGAUUCCGUCCCAGGAUGUGGAUGUGUUGUUGGAGAGUGAUAGUGUGAAACGGGGAUUGCUAAUCGACGAAAACAAGAAACUCCGAAAAAAGGGCCAGCCGCCUAAAAGGGUGUCAUUCUCAGAGAAGCCUCCGAAGGUACACGUGAUGAGGGUUUGGACGUUCGCGGCGAGGCAGGCCCGUGCCGGGCAUUGGGAGCGGCAUGCGCUUGACCGGGAGCGGUUUAAGAGGAGGAUAGCUGAUGUGGACAUGGCUGUAUCUUGGGUCCUGAAGCCCCAACACCGUUCCCGGGUAAUGUUCCAAAGAUUCAUGCCCUGGUGGAACGCCCAGAAGAGAAAGGAAGCCGCCGAGAAGAAACAGCGAGAAGAAGAAGAGAAGAUCAGGAAAGAACAAGAACGUAUGAAGGAAGAAGAAGAACGUAUCAAGAAUGAACAGGAAAGCGCUCAGAGGGAGUUGGAAGGAGAUAAGAGUGUUGAAGAGGGAAGCAGUGCAGAUGAUAAUAAAAUCGAAUCGGGAAACACAGAAGACAAUAAAGUUGAUGAACUGAUCACAGGAGUAAGUGAAGUUGCAGAAGUUAAUAUUAAAAUUGAAGAAGUAACCACAGAGACUAAUAAAGUUGGAGAAGCAACCACAGAAGUUAUUAAUAAAAUUGAAGUAGAAAACACAGAUGUUAAUAACAAAAAUGAUGUAGCAACCACAGACGUUAAUAAUAAAGUUACAAAAGUAAUACAGGGAAACGAAGAAAGCAAGAAUAAAACGGAUGAAGUCAAUGGUGAUAAAGACAUUAAUGAGAAAAAUAAACAAGUUAGAAAAGAAACUCUAAUGAACGGAGAGGUUCAAAAAGAAGGUAAUAAUAAGUUGGUGGCGGAAGAGAAGCAGAAGAAAGAAGAUGGUAAGCAUAACACAAGUGCUGUGUCUUCAAAGAAUGAUAUUACCCAUGCCGGCCCUAAAAACCAAAGCGACCUACGAAAGUCGGUACCAGUCAAAAAAAACACCAUCCAAACUAAAGAUCUAAACAAAAAUGAUUACAAAAUAACUAGAGACAAUUUGAAGAGACCAAAAAACAAUAAGAAUAACAAAUAAAAAUAAUAAAGAAAUGAUUGCUGAUAAUAAAAAAAAUUGAAAGUUAAUAAUUUUGUCGUGAAAGAAAAUUUGGUUUCGGAAGUAAUUUAAAUGUUCCUUUUAAUAUUUCUGUUAGGUUAAUAUAAUACUCUUUUGAUUCCUCUUCUAAAUGUUAUUUAGUAUAUUCAGAUAUUUCAUUCACUUGUUCUUUUUAAAAUUAACAAAAAAUCGUCUUCAAAAAACUUUUGUCUAUAAGUACUAUAUUAAUAAUCGAUUAGCUAUAAUUGGUUUUCCACUUAGUAACGUCUGAUUAUAUUUUAUGGUAACUUCAAUUAUUUUUUAAAAUUAUGUUAAGAAUUUAUUCUCGAUAAUCCUAAAAUAUGCAAAAAGUCUUGAAAAAUAUAUUUUCUCGCUCAGUUAUUUAAAAAAGACAAUAAUUUAAGUAGUUUGAGCGUACCUAGCGAUGCUACGCUUAAUCUGCUUAAAUUCUUGCUUUUGCAAAAUGUCAAACAUUCGCAAAACGUCGACUUUAGAUUCGCAAGUCUCAAAUUAGUUUCUAAUUUAGUUAAUUAGAAAAUCUUACAAUUGGGACAGAGUAAUUUGUUGUAUUGCGAAUUAGACGUUUUGAGAAAAAAGAAAUUGUGAUUUGUCAUCUCCAAGACUACCUCACCUCCAAGAUUACCAAAAGUACCUAACCUGAUUUUGAAAGGAAAAAUGUUGAUUUUUUCCUUACUCAUUCUAAAAAAAUCUAGUUUUAAUUUAUGAUAGUUUUUAUUCAAGAGGACGCUAAGUGUUUGCGAAUAACAUGUGAGACUGCCGAUCAUAGUUACAUCUUACGAUCGUAAAAUAGUUCUAAUUUGUAAAAAAAAAUAUAUAUUUUAAGUUGGGUUUAUUUUGUAGAAUGUCCCAUUAGAAAAGCUAAAAAUAAAACUUAUUAUUUUGACUAAAAAGUUAUUAAAAUAAAAUUAAAAUCACUAGUGACUUGACGUUUCUUAUUAUUUUUAUCCAUUGUGAGAAAAGAAAAAAGAAUUAUUGUUUAUGGGACAUUCUACAAUACAUAAUAUUAACACGUGUUUAUUUUUAAUAAAUCCGUAAUGAUUUCUGAUAUUUUUGGGUGUCUAAAUCGAAAGUUUUCCAAGGCAAAUCGAAAUUUAAAAAGAAUAAUUAUUAUUAUUCAAUUAUUAAUUAUUUUUUUAGAGAUUUGACCGAAACUUUACGUUUAUUCAACCGAAACAACUUUUUUAUUGUGAAAUUUUAAGAAAUGUUUGGCGUAUGGAAAAUAAGUUCUAUUUUUACAUUGAAAACUGCACAAUUUUAGGAAAUUUGUAAUGUGUGUGUGUGGUCUAUAUCAUAGACAAUAUGUAUAAUCUUGUGUGUUACGAUAAACUAUGUAUAAAUUGACACGUUGUUUGAUAGAUUUUGUAGUCAUCAUCACCAUCAUCACCAGCCCAUUAACGUUCCCACUGCUGGGGCACGGGCCUUCCCUAUGGAUGGAUAGGGAGAUCGGGCCUUAAACCACCACGCGGGCCCAGUGCGGAUUGGUGGUUAUUAACGACUGCUGAUGCAGCCGGGACCAACCGCUUAACGUGCCUUCCGAAGCACGGAGGAGCUCGAGAUGAAAACUUUGUUUGGUCACCCAUCCUAUGACCGGCCUUUGCGAAAGUUGCUUAACUUCAACAAUCGCAGACCGAGCGCGUUUACCUUUGCGCCACCGAGCUCCUCGGAUUUUGUUGUAGAUUUUGUAGUAUAUAAAAUUUAUUCCCUAAAUAAAACCGUGGUAGCUCUGUUUGGAGAAAGCAUGACUUAUAUCUCAGUGUCCCAGGUUCGAAUCUUGGCUCGGCCUCUAAACCACUGAAUUCGAGUUUUAUUUUGUCCUAAAAAAGUAACUACAAAUUCUACCAAACAAAGUGUAUAUUUGAAGCAUUUUCUAUGUAUGAAUUUAAAGAAGCCGAUCAGUCUUUAUUAUUUAUAGAUUUGUGAAAUACUAUAAUUCAAAUUAACAUUGAUAAUGGUGCUGAUUAUAUUACACACCACCUAAUUUUAUUUUAAGUUAUACCUGUCAUUUUCUUAUCCGCCGAAAAGGAAAGGGACGGGUAAUCGACGGGUAUAAAAUUGAUGUAAUACACGUCAAUUUUAAGCAAUACUACAUUAUUAAACCCGACAGAAUUAAGUUGGCAGCACAGGAUUCGCCAGAGUUAUUUAAAAAUUAUUUCAAAGCCGAGUAAGAAAAUGACAGGUGUGACUUAAAAUAAAGUGGUCUCUGUGAAAUCAAGGCCUAUGUAAAAAAUAAUACAAAUAUUGCUUGUUGUAAAAUAUUCUUCAUUCAGCAAAACAGUUUAAAAUCCCAAAAAAUAAAUACUCGUGAUAUAUUACUACACCCCCACUCCCCCCUUAUGAUAUUUCAUGAUUUUUUCAUGCCCCCCCCCCCCCUUUCGAGUCUCGCAUGAUUAAUGGACGGCCCCCUAAUGACGAUGCGACUGCAAAUGAGGGAGUCUCAUAUCCCUGCUUUGAACGCGGUAAGAACCCGUUAUUAUGUGUUUUAAUUAUGAUAAUAACCGCGUAAAUUUAAUGUAUAAUUUUUGAAGGUUUUGAUCGUAGUAUUUCACAAAUAUAUAAAAUAAUUACAUACUGAUCUUUUUUUUACAUCACACAUAUUUAAACUAUAUAUCAAUCUUGCCUGUUAUAUGUAAGGUGCGUGUAUAACUACAUAUAUACUAAUAUGUGUUCAUAUAUUGUAAUUAUAAGUUAUAGUAUUACAAGUAAAUAUCUGUAUAAAAAUGGUCGAAUUUUGGCCAGGGUUACCAUCCAAAAAUAAUACUUUUGUUAAAUGUUGGUGCUGAUUCCAUUGCACACCAUCUAAUUUUAUUUUAAGUUUAAGUAACAAUCUCAAAAUUUUACGUUGGCAAGUAACCCGACAGAAUUAAGUUGAGAGAAUACGUCAAACUGGUUGCAUAUCAACGGGAUGCCUAUUUGAUUUGCGUGGGUUAUUCAUUCAUUCAAGCAAUCAUUUUUAAAUUAACUUUUUGGACGAAUAAGAAAAUGACAGGUAAAACUUAAAAUAAAAUUAGGUGUCUGCAGGAAUCAGGGCCGUUGUGGUAAAUAGCAAAAUUGAUUAAUUUAUUUAAUUAUUAUUUGCUAUUGUGUAUAAUGUUUAGUUGUGUAAAUAAUGUGUUAUUUUUACAUAUUUUCUUUAAUUAGUAUAGUUAACUAAAUUAAGGUCUUUAAAAACUAUGUGUACUCUAUAGAGAGGUUUUGGUUCAAUAAAACUAUUAAUUAAUGGCA